GUGCUCAUACACUGACCAUUGACAGUUCAGUGAUGUGCAAGCACGCCUAACCCCACUUUUUCGAACUGAAAAAUGGGAAUAAUCUCAAGUAACGCCUAUUUGGCCACUUUUAGCGCAGGCACCCUAAUUGGGGUGACCUCAACGUACAUUUUCUUCAAAUAUUUGCGAAAAUUGCCUGUCAAUAACAACCUUUGGAAGCCGGGAAUGGAGGAGCGUUUUGAGUUUGAGGACCCGAAUGACGAGUAUCGGUUGAUAAUGGGUGUCCGAAAUGACCUAAAAAUGCAAAAAGGCAAAGUAGCGGCGCAAUGUGGGCAUGCUGCUGUUGCGGCAUAUGCCAAAGCAUUGAAUCAGACCCCGAAAACGUUAAAACGGUGGCUUAAAUACGGGGGGACGAAAAUUGCGGUUCGGGUUGACUCGGAACAGGAAUUGUUGGAUUUAGAUAAGAAAGCAAAGGAAUUAAAAGUUUUAUCGAGUGUGAUACGUGAUGCGGGGCAGACGCAAGUAGCCCCAGGGUCACGGACUGUGAUUGCGAUAGGGCCCGCCCCUAAAAGCGUCCUAGACAAAAUAACGGGUCAUUUGAAGUUAUACUGAAUUCUCUAACUCAAUUCAAAUAAUUUAUUAAAUUUAAUAAUAAACUGCA